CUCGUUCUCGCGAGAGCGGAGCUGCCUGUCCGGCCGUGGCUGUGGCGGCGGCUCCGGGGCGACAUGGACGCUCACGAGGACUACGUUUGGCCGCGGGCUACCUCGGAGCUCAUCCUUCUGCCGGUCACGGGCCUGGAGUGCGUGGGCGACCGGCUGUUGGCGGGUGAGGGGCCAGAUGUCCUGGUGUACGGCUUGGAUUUUGGAGGACAUCUGCGGAUGAUGAAGCGAGUGCAGAACCUGCUUGGCCACUACCUUAUCCAUGGGUUCCGGGUUCGACCAGAGCCCAAUGGAGACACUGACAUAGAGGCUAUGGUGGCUGUGUUUGGGAGCAAGGGACUCCGAAUUGUGAAAAUUAACUGGGGGCAGGGUCGCUUCCGGGAGCUCUGGCGCUCUGGCCUAUGGAACAUGUCUGACUGGAUCUGGGAUGCACGUUGGCUUGAGGGGAACAUGGCCUUGGCUCUGGGCCACAACUCAGUGGUGCUAUAUGACCCUGUGGUAGGGUGUAUCCUACAGGAGGUGCCCUGCACAGACAGAUGCACCCUCUCCUCAGCCUGUCUGAUCGGAGACACCUGGAAGGAGUUAACCAUAGUAGCUGGUGCUGUUUCCAACCAACUUCUGGUCUGGUACCCAGCAACUGGUUUAACAGACAAACCUGUGGCCCCUGACCGAAGGGUCAGUGGGCAUGUGGGUGUCAUCUUCAGCAUGUCAUACCUGGAAAGUAAGGGCUUGCUGGCCACGGCUUCAGAAGAUCGAAGUGUUCGCAUCUGGAAGGUGGGUGAUCUACGAGUGCCUGGGGGUCGGGUGCAGAAUAUUGGGCACUGCUUUGGGCACAGUGCCCGUGUGUGGCAGGUCAAGCUCCUAGAGAAUUACCUUAUCAGUGCAGGAGAGGACUGUGUCUGCUUGGUAUGGAGCCACGAAGGUGAGAUCCUCCAGGCCUUCCGGGGCCACCAGGGCCGUGGGAUCCGGGCCAUAGCUGCCCAUGAGAGACAGGCCUGGGUGAUCACUGGGGGCGAUGACUCAGGCAUCCGGCUGUGGCAUCUGGUAGGACGUGGGUAUCCAGGUUCGGGGGUCUCUGCUCUUUCCUUCAAAUCCCGUAGCAGGCCAGGUGCCCUCAAGGCUGUGACACUGGCUGGCUCAUGGCGACUUCUGGCGGUGACUGACACAGGGUCGUUGUACCUCUAUGAUCUCGAGGUCAAAUGCUGGGAGCAGCUGCUGGAGGACAAGCGCUUUCAGUCCUACUGCCUCCUAGAGGCAGCCCCUGGCCCUGAGGGCUUUGGACUGUGUGCCAUGGCCAACGGGGAGGGGUGUGUCAAAGUUGUCCCCAUCAACACGCCAACUGCAGCCGUGGACCUGACCCUGUUCCCUGGGAAGGUGCACAGCCUGAGUUGGGCCCUGCGUGGCUAUGAAGAGCUGCUUUUGCUGGCAUCAGGCCCUGGUGGGGUGGUGGCUUGCCUGGAGAUCUCAGCUGCGCCCUCUGGCAAGGCCAUCUUUGUCAAGGAACGUUGCCGGUACCUGCUACCUCCAAGCAAGCAGAGAUGGCACACAUGCAGUGCCUUCCUACCCCCUGGUGACUUCCUGGUAUGCGGGGACCGCCGCGGCUCUGUGUUGUUGUUCCCCUCUAGACCAGGUCUGCUCAAGGAUCUUGGCAUUGGAGGCAAAGCUGGGGCUGGUACUGGAGCACUUGGAGUGGGGAGUGGUAGUGGAGAGGGUGAGGAUGCCUUGGCUGAGUGGGGCCCUGUAUCCACCCUUCCUUCGCUGCAUGGGAAGCAGGGUGUCACCUCAGUCACCUGCCACAGUGGCUAUGUAUACACUACAGGUCGUGAUGGCACCUACUACCAGCUCUUUGUGCGAAGCGGCCAGCUCCACCCAGUCCUAAGGCAGAAGUCCUGUCGAGGCAUGAACUGGGUGGCUGGGCUCCGCAUUAUGGCCGAUGGGAGCAUGGUCAUCUUGGGUUUCCAUGCCAAUGAAUUUGUUGUGUGGAGCCCCAGGUCGCAUGAAAAGCUGCACAUCAUCAACUGUGGUGGAGGGCAUCGGUCCUGGGCCUUCUCUGAUACUGAGGCAGCUAUGGCCUUUGCCUACCUCAAGGAUGGGGACGUCAUGCUGUACCGGGCUCUGGGUGGUUGCACCCGACCACAUGUGAUUCUCCGGGAGAGUCUGCAUGGUCGCGAGAUCACUUGUGUAAAGCGUGUGGGCACUAUCACCCUGGGGCCUGAAUAUGGGGUGCCCAGCCUUAUGCAGCCUGACCACUCGGAGCCCGGCAGCGAAGGACCCGGCCUGACUGACAUUGUGAUCACGUGCAGUGAGGACACGACUGUCUGUGUCCUGGCGCUCCCUACAGCCACUGGCUCGGCCCAUGCGCUUACUGCUGUCUGUAACCAUAUUUCUUCUGUGCGUGCACUGGCUGUGUGGGGUGUUGGCACCCUAGGUAGCUCUCAGGAUCCGCGGCCAGGCCUUACUGCUCAUGUGGUAUCUGCUGGGGGCCGGGCUGAGAUGCACUGCUUCAGUAUCAUGGUCACUCCAGACCCCUGCACCCCAAGCCGCCUCGCCUGCCACGUCAUGCACCUUUCAUCCCACCGGCUAGAUGAGUACUGGGACCGGCAGCGCAAUCGGCACCGGAUGGUCAAGGUGGACCCAGAGACCAGGUACAUGUCCCUGGCUGUGUGUGAGCUUGACCGGCCUGGCCUUGGCCCCCUUGUGGCUGCUGCCUGUAGUGACGGAGCCGUGAGGCUCUUUCUUUUACAGGAUUCUGGGCGGAGGCUGCAGCUCUUAGCUGAAACUUUCCACCACAAGCGGUGUGUCCUCAAGGUCCACUCAUUUACUCAUGAAGCACCCAACCAGCGUCGGAGGAUGUUUCUGUGCAGUGCAGCCACUGAUGGCAGCUUGGCCUUCUGGGAUCUCACCACUAUACUGGAUCAUAGCUCUACUGCCUUGGAGCCUCCAGCUGAUCCUGGACUUCCCUAUCAGCUGGGCACCCCCUGCCUGACCCUCCAGGCUCACAGCUGUGGAGUCAACAGCCUGCAUUCCUUGCCCACACGUGAGGGCCACCUAGUAGCCAGUGGCAGUGAAGACGGCUCCCUUCACAUCUUUGUGCUUGCUGUGGAGAUGCCAGAGCUGGAAGAGGCUGUAGGGGGUGCUGAGCUGGUGCCCCAGUUGCAUGUGCUAGAGGAAUACUCUGUUCCCUGUGCACAUGCUGCCCAUGUGACAGGCCUCAAGAUCCUAAGUCCAAGCCUCAUGGUUUCAGCCUCCAUUGACCAACGGCUGACCUUUUGGCGUCUGGGGCAUGGUGAACCCACCUUCAUGAACAGUACAGUGUACCAUGUACCAGACGUGGCUGACAUGGACUGCUGGCCUGUGAGCCCCGAAUUUGGCCACCGCUGUGCUCUUGGGGGCCAGGGGCUUGAGGUUUACAAUUGGUAUGACUGAGGUAUCCCGUGGCAGCUGGCAUCCUGGGCAUGGGUCCUGCUCGUGGACAGAGGAGCAGGAGUAACUGUGCCUGUGCCCAUCAUGCUUUAAGGGAGGAGGAGGCAGCUGCAGGUCCCUGAUUUCAGGGCAGGAGCUGGAGGUGAGUAGAGUGCUGCCUAGCCAACCAAGAAUACGUCCCAUCCCCUAGUUAGGACCAAGCUUUGAAACAAGCAAUUUAUUUUGGUUCCAGGUCUCUAGCAAAAUCUGUGGGGUUUUUAUUUUCCCUCAGUUGAUGACUUUGUGGCUACUCCCAGAUACUGGGGCCUCUGUGGCCUUAGAUGUGGCUCAGUGGAGGUAGACCCAGCAGGGCCAGGCCAGUGUGGAGCACUUCACGCACAGCUUGUAGAAGCUGCAGACGGGCAAACAUUUGACCAAACAGGUGUGGUUGAGGCUCCUGGAGAAGAAAAGUAUCCUGCUGGUCUCAUCCCUUUGCUUCCCCCCGCACCCCACCCCCUUCCUUCUGCUGUGUGCUUGCUUACCCCUAGGAUGUGUACACGGUUAUAGUAUGAGCUGAAAUCCAUGCUGAGCUGCACCAAGAACUUGCACACCUAGAGAGAGAAACUGAGUUACUGGCCUGUCUCUUUGUUGUUGUGCUCCAGACCAUAAUAAAGACUAGAACAUGCAGUGUUUGUUCUGGUUUUCUCUGCCUCACCAUCUCUGUGCGUGUAGUAACGUGGCGCCCUGGGGCUGUGCAGGCCAGGGCUGCUGUCUGGUUCAGCAGGUCUGGGAAGGGGAGGACACUGUUGAAGAGCAGCAACCACUCACCCUGUGGGGA